ACGGAAGAUGGCCGCUGCCGCCCAGGUGUGCGAGAACAUCCAGAUGCUGCUGGAAGCAGCCGAGUUCCUGGAGCGGCGGGAGCGAGAAGCUGAACAUGGGUAUGCUUCCAUGUUACCCUUCAACAGCAAGGACAGAGAUGCCUUAAAACGAAGAAACAAGUCCAAGAAAAACAGCAGUAGUAGCAGAUCAACACAUAACGAAAUGGAAAAGAACAGACGUGCUCAUCUGCGAUUGUGUCUGGAGAAGCUGAAAGGGAUGGUGCCACUUGGACCAGAAUCCAGUAGACAUACUACACUGAGUUUACUAACAAAAGCUAAAUUGCACAUUAAGAAGCUUGAAGACUAUGACAGAAAAGCAGUACACCAAAUAGAUCAGUUGCAGCGAGAACAGCGGCACCUGAAAAGGCAGCUGGAGAAACUGGGCAUUGAACGGAUAAGAAUGGAUAGUAUAGGAUCAACCAUCUCUUCUGAGCGGUCUGAUUCAGACAGAGAAGAAAUUGAUGUGGAUGUGGAAAGCACAGACUACCUAACCGGGGACCUAGACUGGAGCAGCAGCAGCCCAAGUGAUUCGGAUGAAAGGGGAAGCUUGCAGAGUAUCUGCAGCGAUGAGGGCUACUCGAGUGCCGGCAUUAAGAGAAUAAAGUUGCAGAACAAUCUCAAGGCCUGCCUCAACCUAUAAGAAGCCAGUGGCUUUCUUUCCAUCCUUGCUGUUUCCUUGUUGGAUCUUAUUAGGUAGUAUGUUGGACCGUCCCACAAUUCUCUUGCACGUAAACUUCUUAUACCACCAACAUUACCAAAAUCUGCUUUGCCUAAGUCUGACAACAGUGCAUAGGGUUGUGGGUUACAAGCUACUCUCUGGAGCACACAUCUGAUGGCAUCCACUAGCUUCUCUUUUCUGUUGGUAAACUCAUCUCUAUGAGACUGAACAUUCCAACCAAACUCCUAAGCGCCCAAUAAUAUUGUUGCAAUAAUAGCAACAUACACACUUUGCCUGUGCUGCUAUUGCUUAGUAAUUUAGA